AGCUUCCUGUCGUAACCGGAAGUGACGCGAUCGCUUUCUGCACACCCGUUGUCUUGCUCAUUAUCGUUUGGGAAUCGGUCUGGGGGAAGAUCACGUAGACAUCGCAAAGAUACCGGGGGGCAUUGACGGGUGGCAGGAUGUCGGUGAUUCCUCCCAAUCGUUCUCAGACCGGGUGGCCGAGAGGAGUCAAUCAGUUUGGGAACAAGUACCUGUCACAGACCAAGCCCCUGACCCUGGAGAGGACCAUAAACCUGUAUCCUCUGACUAACUACACAUUUGGAACCAAGGAGCCCCUGUAUGAGAAGGACAGCUCUGUGGCGGCUCGAUUCCAGCGAAUGCGGGAAGAGUUUGAUAAGAUUGGCAUGAGGCGCACUGUGGAGGGUGUCCUGAUCGUACAUGAACACAGAUUACCCCAUGUUCUGUUAUUGCAGCUGGGAACCACAUUUUUUAAACUGCCCGGGGGAGAACUCAACCCUGGAGAGGAUGAGGUAGAAGGGUUAAAGCGCCUUAUGACGGAAAUCCUUGGCCGUCAGGAUGGGGUGCAGCAGGAUUGGGUCAUUGAUGACUGUAUUGGUAACUGGUGGAGGCCAAACUUUGAACCACCACAGUAUCCAUAUAUUCCUGCACAUAUUACAAAGCCAAAAGAACAUAAGAAGCUGUUCCUUGUGCAACUUCAGGAAAAGGCAUUAUUUGCAGUUCCAAAAAAUUACAAACUUGUUGCUGCCCCUUUGUUUGAAUUGUAUGACAAUGCCCCUGGUUACGGACCCAUCAUUUCCAGCCUUCCACAGCUUCUUAGCAGGUUCAACUUUAUCUACAACUGAUCACGUGAACUCUGGGUUAACAAGGUGUGGGUGAAGCGGUCUCUGUGAGAACAGCUUUAUAAUGAGGGAACUGUGGCGUAUCAAUAUUUUCUUUGAAGUUUACCGAACUUGUUGCUGUCACAAUAGAUAGACUGUACCAACAUACACAGCAGCAAGAUGUGUUAUUGUUUUUAUUUUUAUUUUCAUGUACCAUUUUGUUUUCUUACACAAUUAAAUGACUUUUUUUCCUACACCUGUCACUUUGUUACCAAAUAUGAAAUGAUUAUUCUUUUUAAAGUGUACAUAUGUCCA